CUCAGCAGUGCCUCCGGGAAUAACCAGAUUGAAACAAUGGAAGACCUUUAUGUGGCCAACACGAUCUUCGCCCUCAACUUUUUCAAGCAUCUGGCAAAUACUAGUGCCACCCCAAAUCUCUUCUUCUCUCCAUGGAGCAUCUCAUCCACCAUGGCCAUGGUCUACCUGGGUGCCAGGGGCCACACUGCACAUCAGAUGGCCAAGGUGUUUCAGUUUGACAAAGUUGGAGCCCAGAAGACCCCAGUGACCCUAGAGAAACUCACAGGUUGUGAACUCAUGCAGCAGAUCCAGAAGGGCACUUAUCCUGAGGCUAUUUUGCAGGCACAAGCUGGAGCUUCAAUCCAUUCAUCCUUCCGCUCUCUCAGCUCUGCGAUCAAUGCAUCCACAGGGGAGUAUUUAUUGGAGAGCGUCAAUAAGCUGUUUGGAGAGAAGUCUGCGAGAUUCAAGGAAGAAUAUAUGCAACUCUCCAAGAAAUACUACUCUACUGAACCCCAGGCUGUCGACUUCCUAGAAUGUACUGAAGAAACCAGAAAAAAGAUUAAUUCCUGGGUCAAGACUCAAACCAAAGGCAAAAUCCCAGACUUGUUACCUGAAGGUUCUGUAGAUGGGGACACCAAGAUGGUCCUGGUGAAUGCUGUCUACUUCAAAGGAAAGUGGAAAACUCCAUUUGAGAAGAAAUUAAAUGGGCUUUAUCCUUUCCGUGUGAAUGCGACUCAGCGCAAACCUGUACAGAUGAUGUACUUGCAUAAAGAGCUGAACAUUGGAUACAUAAGCGACCUAAAGACUCAGAUUCUGGAACUCCCAUAUGCUGGAGGCGUCAGCAUGUUCCUGUUGCUUCCAGAUGAUAUUGGUGAUGUGUCCACUGGCUUGGAGUUGCUGGAAAGUGAACUAACCUAUGAUAAAUUCAUUAACUGGACCAGCAAAGACACUCUAGCCGAAGACGAUGUGGAGGUGUACCUCCCCCAGUUCAAAUUAGAAGAGCGCUGUGAACUCAGAUCCAUCCUCAGGAGCAUGGGCAUGGAGGAAGCUUUCAGCCAGAGCCAGGCUGACUUCUCAGGAAUGUCCGACACCAAUGACCUGUUUCUGUCCCAAGUGUUCCAUCAAGCCACCGUGGACGUGAACGAGGAGGGCACGGAAGCAGCUGCCGGCACCGGGGCCGUUCUGUCAGGGAGGACUGGCCAUGGAGGUCCACGGUUUGUGGCAGACCAUCCUUUCCUCUUCUUUAUCAUGCACAAAAUCACCAAGAACAUCCUUUUUUUUGGCCGGUUUAUCUCACCUGAAAACUGA